AUGGCGAUUCAAAAUGAAGGUUCCGCAAUCGAUCCCCCACCACGACCUGUGGCCUUGAAUCACAAUACAAAUGAGUCAGAAGAAGGCCAGAGCAUAACAUCAGGCAGUGAGUGGCAAAUGAAGACCCCAAAAAAAGAAGGCUGCCCCCCAAUCGCCAUAGUAGGAAUGGCAGUGCGAGCCCCUGGAGGGGUUAAAUCUCCUGAUGAACUUUGGAGAUUUUUACUUGAAAAGAAAAAUGGAGUUUGUGAGGUGCCUGGUAACAGGUAUAAUAUCGAUGCUUUCUACAGUGAGAAUAAAACCCACACGGUCAAAACUCGUCAUGGUUAUUUCCUUGACGAAGAUCCGGCCUGCUUUGAUGCAUCAUUCUUUGGCAUCAAUAGCGAUGAGGCUGGGCAGAUGGAUCCGCAGCAGCGCAAACUCAUGGAGGUCUUUUGGGAAUGUUUAGAAAGCGCAGGUGAAACCGACUGGAAAGGGAAAAAUAUCGGCUGCUAUGUCGGAGUCUAUGGUGAAGAUUGGUUGGACCUUGCUAGCAAAGACCCUCAAUACACCAAUCGCUACCAUAUUCUUGGUACCGGCCAGUUUGCUCUUUCUAAUAGGCUAUCAUGGCAGUAUGAUUUUCGGGGACCAAGUAUGACAAUUCAAACCGGUUGCUCAGCAUCUUUAGUUGGCUUACAUGAAGCCUGCCAGGCUCUUUAUUCUGGAGAAUGUUGCUCAGCUAUGGUUGCGGGCACAAGUUUAAUCUUCGCACCUACUAUGACAACUACAAUGUCCGAUAAUACCGUCAUGUCCCCAACUGGAAAAUGCAAGACCUUUGAUGAGAAAGCUGAUGGCUACGGUCGGGCUGAAGCAAUUAACGCUCUCUACAUCAAGACUCUAGAUGAAGCCAUCCGAAAUAACGACCCAAUUCGAGGUAUAAUACGCGCAACUUCAGUCAAUUUUGACGGGAAAACGCCCACUAUCACCACUCCCGGUUUUGAAUCUCAAGAGGCCCUUAUUCGAAGAGCUUAUGAAAGGGCCGGGAUUGACGAUAUCAGCCAAACUGGGUUUUUCGAAUGCCAUGGAACUGGCACAGUGGCUGGAGACACCGUGGAAGUAUCUGUCGUUGCUAAAGUCUUUGAAGGAAAAGGAGUUAUAAUAGGUGGGAUAAAACCAAAUAUUGGACAUGGGGAAGGUGCAUCAGGAAUUUCAAGUGUUAUCAAGGGGGUAAUGGCCCUUGAAAAUGAUAGAAUACCACCGAACGUGUUUUUUGAAUCACCAAACCCAAGGAUUCCAUUCCAAGGGGGCAAACUUCAAGUGCCGGUGGAUUCUUCACCCUGGCCAGAGCACCGCAGCAAAAGAAUCAGUGUCAACAGCUUUGGGGUCGGCGGUGCUAAUGCUCAUACUAUUUUGGAGUCUGCUGCUUCGUUUUGUGGCACCACUAAAAAGCCGAACCCUAUACAAUGCGGUGGCCCUUGCCUCCUCACUGUAUCCGCAAAGAAUUCUGAUCAGCUAAAAGAGCGAGUUAAGAUAGUCACUGAUUAUCUGAAUGAAGACGUGUCACAGCUGCGUGACUUGGCUUACACCCUAGGAGUACGCCGAGAGCAUUUACCGCACCGUGCCUUUAUCAUAGCACAACUGGACCAACCUAUUAACUCCGUUGAUUUCCACACUGGCCAGGCUAAGUCUUCUGGUCUGGCCUUUGUCUUCACAGGUCAAGGUGCCCAAUGGCCAGGUAUGGGAAAAGAUUUGCUAAACUCUUUCCCGAGUGCCAGAAAAGACAUACAGACUCUAGAUAAGGUCCUCCAGGACUUACCAGACGGUCCCAGCUGGUCGAUAGAAGAGGAGCUUGUUAAAACUGGUGAUGAUAGCAGGGUCCAUGAGGCAGAGUUCUCCCAGCCUCUUUGCACUGCUCUCCAAAUUGCACUUGUGAAUAUAUUAUACGGAUGGGGUAUCAGGCCAUCAUCUGUUGUUGGGCAUUCUAGUGGAGAGAUUACAGCUGCUUAUGCUUCUGGUGCUAUAACUUCCAAAUUGGCUAUAAUUAUAGCAUACUAUCGAGGUAAAAUUACAAAAGAACUGGCAACAAAGGGUGCCAUGGCAGCUGUUGGCCUAGGAAGAGAUCAAGUCACUCCAUAUUUGGAAGACGGAGUUGUUAUCGCCUGCGAAAAUAGUCCUCUUAGUGUGACACUAUCAGGAGAUGCCGCAGCCCUUAAGAAAGCAGUGGGGUCAAUCAAGAGAGAUUUACCAGAUGCAUUUUGCAGGGAGCUUCGCGUGUCGGUUGCUUAUCAUUCUCACCAUAUGCAAGCAAUUGGGGCACGAUAUGAAUUGUCAAUCUCGCCAUUCAUCAGGCAUCAAGAGAAGAUGCUUCCUCUUUUUUCUACUGUUACUUCCAAAACCAUUACCCAAUCUCAGGACCUUAACGCUGCAUAUUGGCGUAGCAACCUCGAAUCGCCAGUGCUAUUCUCUGGUGCCGUCCAAAGCGUCCUCCAAGGGGCACAGCGAACCGCUUUCCUUGAAAUUGGGCCUCAUAGCGCUCUUGCAGGUCCUCUUCGCCAAAUUUUCCAAAUUGCUGGUCUCAAGCAUCCUCCUGUAUAUGUUCCUACACUUGAUAGAAGUGACACUGAUUCUCGGACCCAACUUCUGUCCGCAGCUGGGUCUACACACAUUUGUGGAGUUUUUGUUGAUCUGGAGUCCGUGAACGGGAAAGGCAAUACGCUGGGUAACGUUCCGCCGUAUCCAUGGAACCACGACCAUAAGUACUGGUAUUCUAGCCGCCUAACAGAUGAAUGGCGAUUCCGCGCCUGCCCUCACCAUGAACUCCUCGGCAGCCGGGCAGUCGAGGCGUCAGACAUUGAGCCAUUAUGGAGGAACGUAUUACGGUUGGAUGAUGUACCGUGGCUCAUGGAUCAUACCCUCCAAGGAAACAUUAUAUUCCCGGCUACGGGCUAUAUUUCAAUGGUCGGAGAAGCAAUUCGUCAACUCUUCCCGGACCCCGAAGCGAAUGAUUAUUCCAUAAGGAACCUUCUCAUCAAAUCACCUCUUCUGUUGAAGCGGGAACGAGAAGCAGAAAUAAUCACUGCCCUUAAACCUGUUAAAGUCACUGAUCUGGUUGACUCUGAAUGGUAUUCAUUUACAAUUAUGUCGCAUGAUGGGAGCGGCUGGACGAAACACUGCCAGGGAGAGGUGAGGGCUGGCCCGGAAAACCCUCCUAAAGAAUAUGAAAUUCGGACGCAUAGCCGACCCAUCGACACCGCUUUGUGCUACAAAAUGGUAGAGAGGGCUGGGUUUAACUACGGACCCCAUUUCAGGCGCUUCCAGGAUAUAACUGUCCAUCCGACACAAAACAGAGCUUCUGCAAACGUUCUUGAGUUUAAGGAGAAGAUUGUUAGCCGGUAUGCCCUUCAUCCAGCCACUAUGGACCAUGCUCUCCAAUUGUUCCCAAUAGCCGUGGCCAAGGGCCUCCCUCGUCUUUUACAUAUCCUAGUUCCCGCAUCCCUGGGAAAGAUUUAUGUGCGAGGAAGCUCAUCUCAACUCAGCGUUGAAACAGCGUACACUUAUAACAAAAAGGGAGCUUGGGUUGGACAAGCCACAAUGAUAGAACACGACAAACUUGUUCUUUCUUUCGAAGAUUGCGUUGGUUUCCCAGUGGAAGGGCUCAAUAAGUUUGGAACCUCUGAUGCGUCCCUAUGUUCUCAGAUCAGGUGGGCUCCGGAUAUCGAUUUGAUACCUUCUCAAGCCCUGCUUCCCAGCCCAUCAGCUCAGGAAAUAUAUCGUGUGAUGGCCAGCGAUAUAGAGCAGCUAAGCAUUCUCUAUAUCUUGGAGGCUGAGGAUAAACUCGUCAGUAUCGACUCAAUAGAAUCUCCUCUAAAUGGUUGGAGGGGCUGGGUAAUUGCCAAAUCCUCAAAUCUUCGCCAACUUCCCGACUUUCUACCUCUUGAAGCCCAUGAAUUGAUUCAAAUGACUUCCGAAUGCCGCAAACACCGCAUUAAAGCACUGUCAUCUAGAUAUGCUGCCAAGAAAGGAGAUCGCUCUAUUCCAUCUGAAUGCAUGCAACACAUAUAUGAGAACUGUGAUAAGUUCUUCCAAGGCCAGAACUUAUCUAAACAGACUAUAGAUUGCCUAGAAAGAUACCGGAGCUUUGUUCAAUCACACUGCGAUUGGAGUCAAUUUUUAACCCUGCUUGCCCAUUCCAACCCAUCCUUGCGGAUACUGGAAAUCGGUGGAGGGACAGGCUGUGCGACUCAAGUUGUGUUGAAAUAUUUGCAAUCAUCUGAAGGUUCCCGGAUGUUCUCGCAUUAUACGUUCACAGACGCAUCAGAAAAUGUUGUGCAGGCGGCCAAAGCACUGUUCCCUGAUGGGAUUGAACUCAAAGUUCUAGACAUAACUAAAGACCCUGCAGAGCAGAACUUCGAGCUUCAUAGUUUCGAUCUUAUUAUCGCUUCCAACGUUCUUUACUCUACGGCCCAAGUUCAAGUGGCUCUCAAGAAUAUACACAAGUUGCUUACUCCUAAUGGCCGACUUCUAUUCCACGAAUUGCAACCAGGAGUAUUAUCUACCCGCUUUAUUCUGGGGCUUCUUCCCGAAUGGCGGUCGAGUGAUGAUGAUAAACCUGAACAGCCAUGCCUGUCUCCCAAGCAGUGGGAGCAACAACUCCAGACGGCUGGGUUCUCUGGAGUAGACGCAAUUAGCUUUGAUUUCGACGCUCCCCGUCAAACAUCCUUUUCAAUAUUGUCAAGCGUAAAGCCCUCUGCCUCUCCUAAGACUGACGUUACGCUCCUGACGGGAGACACUCCUUGUCCCUGGGCCAAAGAAAUUGCAGAUAGCCUUGAAAAAACGGGGUAUCGAGUGCAUUGGGGCAGACUGGAUCAACCUCCUCCCACCGACCAGUGUAUUAUCUCAGUUCUGGAUCUGGAGAGCCCUUAUCUCCAUAAUCUACCCGAAGAGAAAUAUAUUGACCUUCAUUCAUACCUAACUAAAAUAGGGAAGUCCAGGAUGAUAUGGGUGACAAGAAUGAACCAGCUUGAGUGUAGUGACCCCAAUUUCGGCAUCAUUUUUGGGCUGGCCAGGACGCUGAGGAAUGAAAUGGGUCUUGACAUUUCAACUUUUGAGACCGACGUGUUUAACAGUGCCACAACAAAUGGAUUGAGCAGGGUACUCGAUAAGAUCGAACGGUCUCGCGCGUCCUCUGCUCUUGACCCUGAAUAUGAGUUCGCAUUUCAUAAUGGGAGCAUAUAUAAUGGCCGGUGCCAUUGGGUGUCACCUCACAGUCAGAUGCCAAUCGAGUCCUUGGGGGAAACACCAAGGAAACUUGCAAUCAAGUCUAUAGGAUCAGUAGAUUCACUCUACUGGCAACCCUUUGAUGAUGCUACAGAGUUAACGGGGGAUGAAAUCGAGAUUGAUAUGCAUUACAUUGGGUUAAACUUCAGGGAUAUCAUGGUAGCGACCGGCCUGUUUGGGGACCCUGACGAGUUUGGCAUAGAAGGCAGCGGUAUCGUUCGUCGGGUGGCGUCUGGAGUUGUCGACUUUAAACCUGGGGACAGAGUGUUUGUAUUGAAUACUGGUUCCUUCCGCACGAGGGUUGUGCGGCCAGCGCAUACGGCCUAUUUGCUUCUAGAUACGAUGACAUUGGAAGACGCUGCAACAGUGUCUUGCGUAUACCUUACGUCUAUCCUGUGUUUAGAAACCAUUUCUCGGGUCAGGGAGGGCGAGGUAAGCAGCAAGGGAACACUCCAUAUUGUCAUUGAAUAG